ACGCUGCGCGCGAGCUAAACGUGAUGUUACGUUCAUUGAAACCAAUAACGUGAGCGGCAAUUACAACAGAAGCACCCAACGUGAACGAAUUAAUGAUAAACUGGACAAUGUUUUACUCCAUUGCAGUGGACACAGUUGACUUACACGUUAUGUGUUUACACACAAGCUACCUUUUUACUACAACUUUAGCUCUAUGUUGGACGGAAGCAGUCUGCAAUAUGCUGUGGGUGGUGCUGUCUUGAGGUUUUGACUUCCAAAGGUCCGAUAAUCUCAAAUAUGCUGUCGGGACGCGUUGCUGCUGCCUGCCGCUCUCUGAAGUGCACGUUACCUCACAGGAAAGCCAAUCUACACCAAACGUACGGCCCAUCAAGGCCGGGGCAAUGGCUACUGGGAGCUGUGGCCCAAAGAGGGGCUCAUAGAUGGACCACAGCGCCGUCGUCGAGGACGAACCAGACGCCGGUGUUUAAUAAAGCUCCAGCAUUUGGAGAUAAACUCGCGAUCAUCGACGGCGGUGGCGGCCACAGCUACAAGCAGCUGUACAGCAGCAGCUUAGUUCUUGCACAUAGAAUCAGCGCCGUCCUCCAGUCUGACUUUGGAGGUCUGGAUGGGAAGCGAAUAUCCUUCCUGUGCGCUAAUGACGCCUCCUACACGGUGGCACAGUGGGCCGCUUGGAUGAGUGGUGGGACGGCAGUGCCCCUCUACCGAAAUCACCCUGAAUCGGAGCUGGAGUACAUCAUCUGUGACUCCCAGAGUUCCCUGCUGGUGGCGGGGCAUCCCUACGCUGAAACGCUAGAGCCACUGGCACAGAGGCUGGGGCUGCCGUGUCUGACGCUGCCCGCUACUUCUAACCUGGGCACUUCAGAGGGGGCAGGCCGCAAAGAGGAGGAGACGGGAGGAGGUGUCACAGACUGGGCCGAUCGACCAGCUAUGAUCAUCUACACCAGCGGUACCACGGGGAGACCCAAGGGCGCUCUACAUACACACAGCAGCGUCCACGCCAUGGUCCAGUGUCUGGUUUCAGAGUGGGCGUGGUCUAAAGAUGACGUCAUCCUCCACACCUUGCCGCUCCACCAUGUGCACGGCAUUGUUAACAAGCUGCUGUGCCCGCUCUGGGUGGGCGCCACCUGCGUCAUGCUGCCCGAAUUCCAGCCGCAGAAGGUGUGGGAGAUGCUGUUGAGCUCCAAGGCGCCCCUGGUUAACGUGUUCAUGGCCGUGCCGACCAUCUACUCUAAGCUGAUCCAGCACUACGAUCAGCACUUCACUCAGCCUCACGUCAAGGACUUUGUCAAAGCAGUCUGCAAAGAGAGGAUCAGGCUGAUGGUUUCGGGCUCUGCUGCUCUCCCUCUUCCCACUCUGCAGCGCUGGGAGGAGAUUACAGGGCACACGCUGCUGGAGCGCUACGGCAUGACCGAGAUCGGCAUGGCCCUCUCCAACCCUCUCAAGGGCCCACGCGUCCCAGGAGCCGUAGGUUUGCCCCUUCCCAGUGUUGAGGUCCGCAUUGUGAUGAAUAACACAACAAUUGUGGAGGGAAAUCACCGCGAGACUCGGGUACGUCAAGGUCUGGAAGGGAAAGACGGGGAGCUCCUAGUUCGAGGUCCGUCUGUCUUCAAGGAGUACUGGAACAGACCUCAAGAAACCACUGAGUCUUUCACUGAUGACGGCUGGUUCAAAACAGGAGACACAGCGGUCUACAAAGACGGCGUGUAUUGGAUCAUGGGCCGCAGCAGUGUUGACAUCAUCAAGAGUGGUGGCUACAAGAUCGGUGCACUCGAGGUGGAGCGUCACCUUCUGGCCCACCCGGACAUCAUAGAUGUGGCCGUGAUCGGGGCUCCGGAUGCCACAUGGGGUCAAAAGGUCACUGCAGUGGUGCAGCUAAAGUGUGGGCGGACUAUGACCCUUCCAGAGCUGAAGACCUGGGCACGGGAGCACAUGGCACCCUACACCAUCCCCACAGGCCUGGUGCUGGUGGAGGAGAUGCCGAGGAAUCACAUGGGCAAGGUCAACAAGAAGGACCUCCUGCGCCACUUCUUCCCAUGACCGGCAACUUCCCAGCGCGAUCAAAUACAGCGGAAACACAAAACAGCUCUUGCACAGCCCUGAGAAAAACACCAGCUGGCUGACGAAGAGUUACUCUAUGGUCACAUUUAAACGCCACAAAGCGGCCAACGCAGAGAGGUCAACACUGUAGUGAUAUGCUGCUUGCACUCGGAGGAUUUGCAUUUGGACCCGUGCAUUCAGCACGUGGCUUUGAAGCUCAUCUUCUGUCACUCUGACUCCGCAGAGGGCUCGGUCUGCCCGUCAGUCUGCCGCGAACAUGAAAGCCAUCCAUCAUCUAGGAGUCUGGAGGAGAAAGAAGUUCCUCCCUCUUCUCUUUGAACACAGACUGCAUAAUAAACAGGUCAGGCUGAAGUAAUGAGCCACAGAAACACAGUUUGUCUCUGAAUUUGUGGCAGUACACGCUGCCGCUUUGUUGUACAUUGCAGCCACAAACGGAAAAAUCAGGCUUCAAUUAUACAGUCAAACAUUUCCAUGUGCACUCUUUUGACAAUCACAAAGGGCUGCGGGCUCGCAGCUACUUGAUCAACAUGACAGGCUUCAUGGAUGUAAGUGGGUAGAGAGGGGAGUGAUGGGAGGAUGACAGGCACGGCUCUUCAGCCCCAGGGACACCCUGAGUAUACAGCGCACACACACACACACACACACAUACAAACACACAUCAGUGCAUCCAGAACCCCACCAGGUCUGUGUGGGUGCGUAACCGAUGCUUGUAGUGGCAGGUUGUUGUUUACAUGGAGCUCAUGUUUAUUCUAAAGCUACUUACACCUCACUGGCUCAGCCCCGGGCUCCGUUCCUGUGAACCUCCCGCUGACUGGCUUUCGGUUUUCUCGUUGCCUUUUUCUCUGUUGACCUUUCCCCCCCCCUCUCUCUCUCUCUCUCUCUCUCUCUCUCUCUCUAGCCUUCCUUUUCUGUCCCUCUUGUCCCCCUUGUUUUUUUCUCAUUUUCUGUGAUGUUCCAAGAAAACAUGUUUUUUAAAUAAAUGCAAAGACAAAUCCA